AUGUCAACAUACGCUGCUACAACAAUAACAACUACAACAACAACAACAGCAACAUCAAUUGUAACAUCAACAAAUCAAACAAUAACAAAACGUCCAUUAUUAACGCCGUCCACAACAAGAAUAUUAUUAAAAGAGGACGAACAACAAUGUUUACCAAUAAAUACAUUACAAAUCGAUCGAAUAUGUUCAAAAACAUGUCGUACACGAAAAACACCAUUCGAAAAAUUCGACAAUAUCAAACAAUAUUUAACCGAUACACAUUAUUUACCUUUUUGUUUCAAUAUUUUAAAUCAAACAAUAGUCAAAGAAAAUUUUUUCAACGAAACAACAGAAAACGAAUGUCGACAAAUAUUAAAUCAAAUAUUAAUAGACGACAAAGAAGCUCAAAAAGCUACAGAAUUAUUUGCUACUUAUAUGCAAGCAAUAGAUUCAGCAUCAGAAGAAAAUCGUUAUUCAAUUAUAUAUGCCGAUUGUCAAAAAGCUUAUCGAACAUGGGCUUGUUCAAUCAAAAUUCCAUAUUAUUAUCAAAAUCAACGCAUACCGCCUUGUCAAACGAUCUGUGAUGAAGUCGAGCGUGUUUGUCCUACAUUUCGACCCAGUGAUCGUGAACCAUUAUUUGCUGGACAACCAUUAUUUGUUUGCAAUGGAGGUAUUGUACCUAAGAGUGAUUAUCGUCAACCACCACACUGUUUUGAUACAUGUCAUUUAUUUCAUGGUUCACAAAAACGUCCUUUCUCGUUUUCAUCAUCAAUAUCAAAUGAAACUUCUUCUUCUUCUUCUUUUUUUUUACCUUCAAUAUCAAAAUUUAUUGAAGGCAUUGUGACUACACCGCCAUGUUUUGAAAUCAAACCGUUACCGCCUCCUUCAUCUGAACAAAUAAUAUCACCAUUAAUAUUUGUCAACGAAUCGAUAUUCGAUAAUACAAAAAUGGCUUCAAUAGUUAAAAUUGAAAAAUCUAAAGAAAAUGAAGAUGUUCUUGAAAAUGCUCAACUUGGUGAUAUGAUGGAAUUUAUUCGUGGUGCUUAUAGUCAUUGGGCAAUUUAUGUUGGUAAUAGUUGUGUGAUUCAUCGAUGGGGUGAUCAUGAUGGUAUUGGAAAAUCAGUUGGCUUUUGGGGAAAUCUAUUGACAUUUUCUGGUACACAAUUUGAUAAAGCUACAAUUCUUCAAUCACAUGUAUCUGAUGUACUUAAAUUGGGUGGUAAAGUUCGGAUUAAUAAUUAUCUUGACAACAAAUAUAAACCAUUGCCUGUUGAAGUUAUUCUUGAUAAAGCUCGUCGUGCUCUCAAUCAAGAAGGUUAUAAUUUAGUAUAUAGUAAUUGUGAACAUUUUGUAACAGAAUGUCGUUAUGGUCAACCUAAUAGUCGUCAAGUACAAAUUGCUGUUGGAGCUUCAGCUGUGACUGGAGUAGUUGCCACAGCUCUAGCAGCAGCUGGAGCAGCAUUUCUUCUACGAGAUUCUUCGGAACAAGAGAAUAAAGAAAAAGACGUAAAAAAAGUUCAGAUUAAUACAUGA